CACGAGGGGGAGAGUCCAAAAACAAGGGAGAAGACCCCAAAAAACAAGGGAGAAGAUCCCAAAAAACAAGGGAGAAGACCCCAAAACACGAGGGAGAAGACCCCAAAAAACGAGGGGGAGAGCCCCAAAAAAAAACCAAGGGAGAAGACCCCAAAAACCAAGGGAGAAGACCCCAAAAACCAAGGGAGAAGACCCCAAAAACCAAGGGAGAAGACCCCAAAAACCAAGGGAGAAGACCCCAAAAACCAAGGGAGAAGACCCCAAAAACCAAGGGAGAAGACCCCAAAAACCAAGGGAGAAGACCCCAAAAACCAAGGGAGAAGACCCCAAAAACCAAGGGAGAAGACCCCAAAAAACAGGGGGGGAGAGCCCCAAAACACGAGGGGGGGAGAGCCCCAAAACACGAGGGGGGGAGACUUCAAAAGACAAGGAGGUAGACCCCCAAAAAUGAGGGGGGAGAGCCCAAAACACAAGGGAGAACACCCCAAAAACGAGGGGGGAGAGCCCAAAAAGAUGAAGGAGUAG